GACUAUCCCGCAACUCAUUGCUCGCCUUGUCCCGUUGCCCUAUUCCACUCCAAGCACCAAGCAGCGCCUCAUGGCGGCGGCCGCCGGGGACGGUGAGGACGCGAAGGCGACGCGGCAGCCGGAGCAGCAACCGGAGGCUGCGGCGGCGGAGGCUGGGGUGGCGGCAUAUGGAGGCGGCGUGAUCGCGAAGCUGGAGGAGCAGUGGCGGAAGACGAAGGAGCACGCGGAGACCUACCCAUACGUGUGGGGAUCCUACAUCCUCGUCUACGGCGGCCUCGCCGCCUACCUCACCUGGCGCUGGUGCAAGCUCCGCCGCACCGAGGACCGAGUCCGCGGACUCCAGGCCCGCCUCCGCCAACUCGCCGCCGCCGAGGAGUCGCAGGCGGCUUCCACUCCUCCUCCGCCGCCGCAGCAGCCGCCGCUGUCUGGGCCCGGCAAGCCAACCUCCGGCCCGUGACAAAUGCUGAGCUACUGAUAUGCACUUUUGCCCUCCAGAUUACUGUGAUCACCAGAUAACAAUAUGUUGAUCUAGCCGGAUCUUGUGUUGAAGCAUCAUCAUUGCAGACCUUGUGGGGAAUUCGAUAGAGAAACCUAAACAAACUUGGUAUGAUGCGAUUUCUUUCACAUGGUCCGAUUGGAUUUGGAGGGUAACAAUAUAUGGUUCCCUGGAUAAAUCAACAGAAUAAGCACACCCAAUUUGUUUGCAUCGGCCUUAAGCCCUUAACGUUGGGAUGAUUUCUGGAUGCCUGAACCUAAAACUGUGAACUAGAGAAUAGUUUCAUUCGGUUAUUUGAUGCCGGCAUCAAAGUUUUGGUAUUCAUUGUUGUGCCUGAGAAAUUAUCAAGCUUUGUACUUCCCUUUCCCUUAACAUAGCACGUUUAGCUUGCCCUGUUCUUUUUAGCUUAUCCACUGGAUUAUUGCUGUGGGUUAUUUGCUCCACGGCCACACUUCUAAGCUAUCUGUUCAGUUUAUUUCAUAAAAUGUUUAAUUUA